UCAGGUACCAGCUGUCACUUUUACCAACUACCAAACUUUAUAUUAAUUUUAAUCAUAAGUUAAUUGUAAUUAUAUAAAUUUAAUUUUCCCGCAUAAAUGAAAUUAAAUGGCGAUUUUUAUUUUUAUUUCCCGCUGUUCAUCUAUACCCGAUAUACUUUAAAUCUAACCUAUACAUCAAUAAAAAAUUUUUAUGAUUCCUAUUAUAAGAUUUAUAUGUAUAUAUUUAUUUAAUUAAAUAAAUUAAUUAAGUGAACAUAUGAUUUAAUAAAAUAAAUAUGACAAGAGUAAAACGUGAUAAAUUAUAUGUCGAAGUGAAUGACCCGAAUAUAAAAGUUAAAAAAUUCAAGAAGAAAAAAGAUUUAGAGAAACUGAGAAAAAAUGUUUUAGCUGCUAAACAAAAAAUGAAACGGAGUAAAAAAAAUAUACAAGAAAAAGUAACUAAAAAUUCGUUGGAAAAAACGCUUAAUAAUUUCGCCCAGAUACGACAAAAAAAUGAAGACGAAACUCAGGGUAUUAGUAGAAGUAAAAAAGUUAAAAAUAAAACCAUAUGUUCACGACUUUUACCUGAGCCAUCCAUCGGAAUAUUCAAAAACGGCGCUAAGGGUAAAGAAGUACGAAGAACUUCAAAUUUUCCUUUUCAUCAGCAGAAUGAAGCCCGCUUACGUAGCGACGUUUUCAAAUUGUUAAAUGGCGAAGAUAUGACGUUUCCUAAUAGGGAAGCUGUUGAAAAUGAGGUCUCUGAAGAUGAUUGCAGUGGAGAUAAAUCGGAUCCUCUUACAGUAAAAAAUAAUAAUGAUAACAGUAUCAAAGGCAGUGGCAAUUACGCGAGUAUCAACGAUAGAAAUAAAAAUAUCAAUGCGAGAAAAGAUAACCAGCAACAGAAAAACUUUAGCAAAAUGGAGAAUCUUCAAAGACCUGAAAAAACUAGAAGAAGAUUAUUUGAAGAUGACAGCAUCGCCAAUGAAGUUGAUGACAAUCUUGACAAUAUUCCAAUUGAUCCGCUUCAUUUUUCACCUCGGGCCAGAGAACAAGAAACUGUCGACAGUAAAUCUAGUAAAAAUGACAACUCUGAUAUUGAUGAAUCAGACCAAUCAUGGGAUCCACUUGCUAAAGAAAUGUACCAAGACCUGUGUGAUAAAAUUGAUGAAAGUUUUGAUGUUGAUUACUCUAAAUUAAAUAUCCCAGACCCCGUUACGGAGAUAAAGUCGAGACUAGCAAACAUUUAUAUGAGGACACACAGUAAACGAGGCACAGCUUCAAAUAACAAUGACACUUAUCCAUUUCCAAGGGCUGGUACAUCUCGUACCAGUGAGAGGAGUACCGAAGUACAAGCAUGUACCGUAACAAGUGAUAAUAAUGAUUCCACUCCAUUAAAUCCAUUUAGUAAAUCAACGCCUCAUGAUUACGAGACCGUGGAAUUAAGAAUUAAAAAUGCACUAGCAGCUCUUCCUGACAAGCUAGUCUUCCCUAUACCUGAUCCGUUUUUCUGUGUAGACACAACAGAACCCGAAGAAGCUGAGCUAUCAGCAUCAUUGACUACGGGAAUAAACAAAACCACUGAGACUGAUAAUAAAAAUAUAGACAAAGAUGCAGACACUUUGAUAAUUACAGACACGGAUACGGAUUCAAAUGUAAAGGGAGUUGAAAAAAAAUUGUCUGAUGAUAAAUUGAUAAAUAGAACUGUAAAUACCCCAGUGGGCAGUACAGUUUCAUCUCCACCAGUCGGUUGGGAUGCUCACGUUGAGAAUGAAAGGAAUUUAAUUCGUCGUAAUUUAAAGCACAUGCCGGCGAUACUGAGGAGAGCUCAACCACGUGAAUUUUUAUUUGAUCUUGAGCAUCUGAGUAAAGUUAAACCUUCAACAGCUCAAGUUCCACAAACACAUUCUCAUCUCGAUCCACAUCCUUAUGCUCUGCCUAAAAUAACACAAACUCAAGCUCAUCCUUUACAAACUGAAGCUUGUCGUAAAAUCAAUAAAACCAACAAUCAUGAAUCCUUUCCGCAUGAAUUCUCUCAACCUCUAUUACCAAAAGAUAAAUCUCAUUAUUACCCACAGGUUGAUCAACAAUUACUCUAUUAUCCAACUCCAAGCGCGAUAUUUAAAUUCGAUAAAAAAAAUAAACACCAAAAUAAAGUUAUCAAUCCGUGUUACAAAAAUCCGUGUCUUGAUAAUAAUAAUUAUUAUUUUGAUGAAAAAAAUAUAAAAACAUCAAGAGAAAUAAAAGGAAAUUUAGCUCCGGUAUUACAAACAAUAACUGCUGAUAAAAUGGAAUCACAUUAUCCUCUAGCAUUUUCACAAAAUGGAUUUUUAAAAUCACGUACUGACAUUCACAAAGACGAUUACAUUAGAUUUAAUGGAGAGAAGCGCGAACUCAAUAAAGAGACUACUGCUAUUACUACUAAAACUAAAUCCACUAAAGCUACUACUUGUACUUCAACUGCUGCUGCUGCUGCUGCUGCAGAAAACGAAAAUUUAAAUUGUAAAAAUAAAUUUUCUUACAAUUAUUUACUUCCUCAUUUAAAUCUACCGAUUAAAAAUGAUACCAAUACUGGGAAUUUUAAUUUUUUUACACAAAAUUACAAUCAACCUGACGUCAAUCCGCAUUUACCACAACAGCAACAGUAUUUACAUAGACCAGUUGCGUAUGAACCGAUACCUCUGCGACAGGAAAUAAAUAAUACCAGAGCAUUGAAAAUUAAUAAUGAAUUUUUAAUUAAAAAUGAAGAUACGAAAAAUUUAACUUGGAAAUCUACUAAAGCAGCACCUGCGGAUACCGAAUGGACGGAGAGACACAAAAAUUGGCUGAUAAAUAAUAACAUUUAUGAAAAUAUACGACCAGUCAAUGACGCGACAAUCAAUAGAUCAAAUAAUAAUUUAAAAUUAAACAUCGAUUGCAAUAAUUACACUCAGGAUAAAAUGCUUUGGAACGAAGCAGUCCUAGAAAAUUUGAAAAUUUUAUCAUUCGAAGAUCAAUACAAUCCGGAAUUAUUUUCAAACGAUCACGAGUACUUUAGACCGCAGUUGCAUUCACAUCAGGGUUGUUGUCAUCAAAGUAAGCAGGAAAAAAACUUGGAAAAGUUAUCACAGCCCUCUAAGUACUUGGCGAUGAUUAAUCAACAUCAAACUUGUCCGCAAAUUCCGCAACGAGUUCCCAUUUACUUAAAUGAACCUCUUCCAAUAAAUAAUCAGCCAGCUACUAGUACUAAUGCUGAAGGUAUUUAUCACAGAAAUACUGACAAGAGAUUCCCAGCAAAGUAUCGAGUGCCUCAGGAAGUUAGACAUCCGGAUAAACAAGUUCAAUUUGGUGUACCUAUUGCGGUGUUUGCUGCUAAAGAUAAAAGUAAUGAAUUUUUAUCAUCCCGUAAAUAUCCCGAAGCGAGGAACGGCGGUCAUGUUGAUGGAAGAAAUAAAACCAGGGGUAAAAUUAAUGAGCACUGUAAUUAUUUGGGUUAUAACUAUGGUAGAUUUGUUAAUGAUCCUACUAAAUCGGUGAUAAAUAAUAAUCAAGUGAAUUUAAGUGGUGGUAAUUUGCAAUUAGAUAAUAAUAAUAGUAAUAUGGUACGCAAAAUAGUUCUUCCUGAUGGUCAAAUCGGGUUAUUUGUUCCUGAACAUUACGUUGAUAAUCAUAGUAAUAGAAGUAAUGUUAAUAAUAGUAAUAAAAAUGACAAUGUGUAUAGAAAAUAAGUACGUUAAUUAUCGAUUAUAUAUAACAAAUAGCUGGCUAUUUUAAUAUAUUUUGUGGAAUAUAUAUUUUCUUUAUGGAAAAAUGAUUGUUUAAUUGUUUUACAAGCAAUAAUUGUUUGAAAAAUUUUUAUAAGCAAAUAAUUUUGUAAUAAAUAUUU